AUGGUUGCAGAAUACCGAGAUGGCAUGGAUUCGAGCGAUCCCUGCCUGCACCUGGAGGCCAAGCAAUGGCUCAUGAACUCCAUCAGUGACCUGGACAUGGCGAGGUACGGCCAUCCCUCCGGCCACUCGGACCUCCUGGCCCAGUUCAUCCCGCAGUGCCGAGCGGACGUGGAGGCCUCCACCUCCGAUUUUGCCCUGGCUGCCACACAGGCGAUUGUGGAGACGGAGCCUGCCACCCUGGGCCCCGUGCUGAGCCGACACCCGGCCUUCCUGUCCCGCUGCCUGCGGCGCAGGCCCUCCCUGCUCACCUGGUUUGCUGCGUUCCACCCCGAUGGCCUCCAGCGCUCGGGAAUGGGGGCACAGGCCCUGGCACGCUAUGCCCUGGCCCAGCGUGGCAGCGCCUGGGCGCACCUCGUCUGGGCCGGGAAGCACGCGCAGGCACCGGUGGCGGUGGCGCAGAGGCCGCACUACUGGUGCGAGCUGGACGGCGCCGCCAGCGCUGCGGGGCUCGCGGCGCGCGACCCCGGCUUCCUGGCCUCCCCCGAGGUGGAGGGGGCGGUGGCGGGGGGAACGCUGCUCUCCGUGGACCCAGGCUUCUUCGCCUCGGCGCUGCACGCCUGCCUGGUCGACGACCCCGGCGGCCACAUGGGCAGGGAGAUCCAUACCGCGUUGCGUGGCGCCCUCGGUCGCCCGGACCGCUGGAGGGCGCUGACCCGGCGGCUCCUCCCCAGCUUGUCGCCCGAGCAGCUCCUCGCCCUCGUCCGAGGCCUGAGGGCCUCCGCUGCUGGUCUCCAAGACGACGCCCCGGAGGACCUGGUGUUCCUCCACCCAGCCUGGCCGACGCUGGACGGGGCGGUCCUGGCCUCCGCGCUGGGGUGCUCGUCCCGCAAGCUUCUGGCGGCCCUGCAAGAGAGCGAGGAGGUUGCCUCGGUCCAGGGGCAGGCAGUGCGCCGGGCUCUCGAGGUGGUGCAGGAGGAAACCGUGGAGGGGCAUGCCUUCUUGCGCCAGAGGCUCACGCCAGACGCAACAGCGCUGGCGCGGCACUACCUCCUCGGCCUCUUCGCCGCACGCGCCGGGCUGCUUGCCAGCCGCGACCCGUUGGCGGCGCUGCGGGCGGGCGGCCUGACCGUCGGCCCCCUCGGGCAGGCCACUCGCAAGCGGGGGCGCAUCGACACGCAAGGGCGCUCCAAGCGGCGCAGGCGACGGCGACGGGGUGAUCCCGAAUCUGACGAAGAUAGCGGCGGGGGAGCGGCUGCCUGGGAGCUGAGCUGGCCGUCGGGCGAGUCCCUGCUCGUGCGCGCCGACACGGCCGUCGACCAGGUCCUGGAUUGCGCUGCGAUCCUGCUGGCGCGAGACGUCAGGCGCUGCCGCUUGAGGGCGGCGGGUGCUGGGGAGUCUUAG